AUGGCUGCCCGAUUUUGGGUACACGGCUCCGAUGUCAGAGUGGCCAUUGUGACCUGUGCCACCAAGGCCAUAAAAGGGGACGCUGGGCUCAGGCCGAGCGUCAACAGAGAGUAUCUGCACCUCGCAGCGACAACGUGCCUCGAGGACUGCGACGCAGGAGAGACAGCCGCCAUGUCUGACAGCAAGCAGGAGGGCCCUGGUGGCAGGGAGCCAGCCUGCGUGCUGUGUCGCCGUGCCGAGGCUGACCCGGACAUGUGCGGUGACAAACUGCAGAAGGGUGGGCUCUGUGCCCACCGGUUCUGCAUGCUCUUCGCCAGUCUGCUAUUUCGGCAAGAGAACUUCUACGAUGGACUCAUGGGCUUUCUCCCACGAGAUCUCCAAAUUGCGGCCUGUCGGGCAGCACAGAAGCGCUGCUGCGUCUGCGGCCAGAACGGGGCAACCAUCAUGUGCUGCGUGCCGGACUGUGACAGAUGGUUCCACCUGCCCUGUGCCAAGGAGGGCGGCUGUGUCAAUGUAUACAUUACUCCGUUCAGGUCCUUCUGCCCUGAGCACCGUCCAGAGCAGGAGGUGGAGGCGACUCCUGAGCCGGACACCGUUUGCCUCAUCUGCCUGGAGCCUGUGGAGGACAGAAAGACCUUCACAACCCUGGUGUGCCCAACGUGCAAAAGGGCCUGGUUCCACAGGGACUGCAUCCAGGGACAGGCCUCGUGCGCUGUUGCUUUGCAUUUCCAGUGCCCCCUGUGCAGAGACAGUGAGGAAUUCCCUGUUGAAAUGCUCAUCUUGGGGAUCCGAGUCCCCUUCAGAGACCCAACAUGGGAGGAUAGUGAUGCCUUCGAAGAUCUAGGAGUGAGGCACGGCCAGUGCAACGCCAGGGAUUGCCUUUACCCUGGAGGCAGGGAGGAGGCAGAGGAACAGGGGCCCUGGCAAUUGCUCCUGUGCUCCUCCUGCGCUGCUGAAGGCACCCACAGGCGCUGCUCUGGCCUGAGGAACAGCACACAGACAUGGGAGUGUGACAGCUGUGCGGGGCUCGGAACAUGUAUGAGUCAAAGUCCCCGGUGUCCCUGGGCUGGGGGCAGUGCCCAGGCCGGGCUUGGCAGGGCGCAGCAUCCACUGCUGGAGGGCUGGGGGCACUGCUCUGGCCUGGCCUGGCCGGGGCCUGGGCGAUCUUUGACAUUCCUGCUUGCCCUUACAGCCUCCAGGGGUGACACAGAGCUCAAUGGCCCCAGGCCGGCCAGACAGUCAGGACUGCAAUCUGCUCAUGGCUGGUCACAAUCUGAGGCCAUCAGCCCCAGCUCCCACAGCCCUGUGCCAUUGGUGCUGGUUUCCCCGUCUCCAUCUCCAGAGACGGGCAGCCACAGCAGGCCCCACCACGCAGCAUGGCAGCAGGCGCUGCCAUCUUCCUCACUGGACACCAGCAGCAUCAGCAGAUCAAGGGCAACACGCAGCACGUCCCCUGACCCUGAGGACAGGGUCCGUUCCAGACGUGCUGGGCCCAGCCGCAGGCAAAGCUGCUCUCGCCGGCAAAGUCGUGCCCAGAGCCCACCUGUCCGCUCCAGGAGUCGCUGUGACAGGAGCAGUGGGACAGGGCCAAGGGCUGAGAGGCCCAGGCGAAGGGAGACACCAUCACGGACAUCCCCCAGGCGCAGACGCAGCCGCUCCCGCCAGCAGCGCCGGGUCUCGACUCAAACUCUGCGGUCCAGGAGUCGCCAGGACAGGAGCAGGACGACAGCAGCCAGUGCUGAGAGGCCCAGGCGUAGGGGGACAUGGUCGGGGACAUCCCGCAGGAGCAGCCGCUCCCACCAGCGACGUCGGACCUCAACUGAGACCUCCAACAGCAGCACACCUUUAAAGAACAAUCCAGAACAGACUGAGGAAAUACCCUGGGACAAAGAGGAUGCACAGGACUCUGCCCCAGAUGACCAUUUGGGACCUUUGCCUGAGAACGACGCAGCUCAGGAGACGAGUUCUUUCAAGUUUUCCUUCUUUGGAGGCACGGAGGAGUUGGGCAUCAAAGAAGAGCCUCACGCGCUUGGGACAAUAAAGCCGGUAAAAGCCACGUGGCAAGAGGAUCCACGUUUCCAGGACAGCAGUUCUGAGGGUGACGAUGAGCCUGAGAUGACAGAAAUGGAACAGGAGCAAGAAAUGCAAGUUGCAUUUCUCUUUGUUGUCUACUUGGCUGUAGUAGUUGGAUGCUGUGGGAAUAUUAAUAGCAGCACUCAGGGAAUGGGAAACUGACGUUGCACACCUCUGAGCAAUGAAAGUCAUCUUGGAAAUCCGUUUGUGCUGCACAGAGUCAAAACUCCCAGCAGCCCAUUGGAUGUGAAU